AACUUUCUUUUCGGAGGGGAGGUAGCGCUUAAAAGGAGGCUCACCUCCUUCACAAGAUAAACCCAGCUGGGCGUCGAAGUUCCCGUUCAGAUACUUUUUCUUCUUCGUCAAAGACAUUAUCAACAAUUUAAUGAAAAAGCGAGGAAAGGAAAUACUGGUUCACAAAUGGAGCGACUCCGGUUUCCCGUUUUCUGGUGUGGAACGAUUCUCUUCGGUAGUUUAGUCUUCAUCAGCCAUACGGACGGGAGGCCGAGCAUGUAUCAGCUGAGGAAGGUGUGCAAAUUCUGCGACCUACAGCCCACCGACUGCAAUGGCACCGACUCCGGCUCCUGCCUCACCAACUGCAGCAUCACCUCCAUAUGCCCCCAAGACGACGAUGUGUGCGUCAGCAUCUGGAGGAAGAAAGAUGACAAUGUGACCAUCGAGACGCUCUGUCACAACCGCUCGCAAGCACUGUACGGAUUUCUGCUGGACGACUAUAAAAACGGCAAGUGUCAGAUGAAGGAGAAGAAAGUCUCGGGCUCGCAGUUCUACAUCUGCUCCUGUUCCGAAGAGGAGUGCAACCACCACCUCUUCUUCUCUCCAUGGGCGCCCCCAGGGGACUCCCCGUUUGUGUCUGUCAUUCUGGUCAGCCUGAUGCCCCUGUUCGUCCUGGCCGUCCUGGUGGUGUCCACCUUCUACUGCUACCGGGUGUGCCGGCAGUCCAAGCUGAAGAGCGACUGGGAGACGCGCAAGCGGGGCCGGCGGGGUCAGCGGGACAGCGACGUCUGCAACAUCAUGAUCGACGACGACCGCUCCGACAGCAGCUCCACGCACGCCAACAGCCUCAACCACAACACCGAGCUGCUGCCCAUCGAGCUGGACCUGCAGGUGGGCAAGGGCCGCUUCGCCGAGGUCUACAAGGCCAAGCUGAAGCAGAGCGCCUCCGAGCAGUUCGAGACGGUGGCCGUCAAGAUCUUCGCCGCCGAGGAGUACGCCUCCUGGAAGAACGAGAAGGACAUCUUCUCCGACAUCAACCUCAAGCACGAGAACGUGCUGCACUUCCUGACGGCGGAGGAGCGCAAGGCCGAGAAGCAGUACUGGCUCAUCACCGCCUACCACCCCCGGGGCAACCUGCAGGAGUACCUCACCCACCACGUCAUCAGCUGGGAGGAUCUGUGGCUGCUGGGGGGGUCGCUGGCCAGGGGCGUGGCCCACCUCCACAGUGACCUCACGCCCUGUGGACGCCCCAAGGUGCCCAUUGCCCACAGGGACCUGAAGAGCUCCAACGUCCUAGUGAAGAAUGACCUCACCUGCAGCCUGUGUGAUUUCGGCCUAGGCCUGCGCCUGGACAGCUCGCUGUCCGUGGACGAGCUGGCCAACAGCGGACAGGUGGGCACAGCCAGGUACAUGGCCCCAGAAGUUCUGGAGUCCAGAAUCAACCUGGAGAACAUUGAGUCUUUCAAGCAGACCGACGUCUACUCCAUGGCUCUGGUGUUGUGGGAGAUGACAUCCAGGUGUAAUGCCAUUGGAGAGGUGAAGGAUUAUGAGCCUCCCUUUGGCAAGCUGCGGGAACACCCCUGUGUGGAAAGCAUGAAAGACAGUGUGCUGCGAGACAGAGGCCGCCCGGAGAUCCCCAACAGCUGGAUGAACCAUCAGGGCAUCCAGGUGGUGUGCGGGACCAUCGAGGACUGCUGGGACCACGACCCCGAGGCCCGCCUCACCGCGCAGUGUGUGGCCGAGCGCUUCAACGACAUGGAGCACCUGGACAAGCUGUCGGACCGGAGCUGCUCCCAGGAGAAGAUCCCAGAGGACUGCUCCGUGUGUGAGGGGAAGUAGGCGCUGCUCCCAGAGGUUGGACUCGUAGCUUCGGGCCAGACGCUCAGUGGGUUUCUGAGCAGUCCGCUCUCUCUCUUUCAUUCUCCUCUUUGAGACAGCACUGCGCCGUGACUUGGAGGAGGAA